AUGGGCGGCGAUAAGGGCAUCAGCCUCGACGAGAUCAAAAACGAGUCCGUCGAUCUGGAACGGAUUCCUAUUGAGGAAGUCUUCGAGCAGCUGAAAUGUACAAGAGCAGGCUUGACUACCGAGGAAGGCGCCAAUCGCCUUCAAGUUUUUGGACCAAACAAACUAGAAGAGAAAAAGGAGAGCAAAUUUCUCAAGUUCUUGGGUUUUAUGUGGAACCCUUUGUCAUGGGUCAUGGAAGCUGCUGCUAUAAUGGCUAUUGCCUUGGCAAAUGGUGACGGGAGGCCUCCAGACUGGCAGGACUUCGUUGGUAUCAUUGUCUUGUUGUUUAUCAACUCCACCAUCAGUUUUAUUGAAGAAAAUAAUGCUGGUAACGCUGCAGCUGCCCUCAUGGCUAAUCUUGCUCCAAAAACCAAGGUUCUUAGAGAUGGUCGAUGGAGUGAACAAGAAGCAGCAAUUCUGGUGCCAGGGGACAUUAUCACUAUUAAAUUGGGAGACAUAGUUCCUGCUGAUGCUCGUCUUCUUGAGGGUGAUCCUUUGAAGAUUGAUCAAUCUGCACUUACAGGGGAGUCUCUUCCCGUCACAAAGAAUCCAUCAGAUGAAGUGUUUUCUGGCUCAACGUGUAAACAGGGUGAAAUAGAAGCAGUGGUUAUUGCAACUGGUGUGCACACCUUCUUUGGGAAAGCUGCCCACCUAGUGGACAGCACCAAUCAAGUUGGGCAUUUCCAGAAAGUACUUACUGCCAUCGGAAAUUUCUGCAUUUGCUCAAUUGCUGUUGGAAUAGUCGUUGAGAUAAUAGUCAUGUACCCAAUACAGCACCGCAAGUACAGGCAGGGAAUUGACAAUUUACUAGUUCUCUUGAUUGGAGGAAUCCCUAUUGCUAUGCCAACUGUGUUAUCUGUCACCAUGGCUAUUGGUUCUCAUAGGCUUUCCCAACAAGGGGCUAUCACAAAAAGAAUGACAGCCAUUGAGGAAAUGGCAGGCAUGGAUGUUCUCUGCAGUGAUAAGACUGGGACCCUGACCCUGAACAAACUUACUGUUGAUAGAAACCUAAUUGAAGUGUUUGCAAAGGGAGUCGAAAAAGAGCAAGUUAUCCUUUAUGCAGCAAGGGCUUCAAGGACUGAAAAUCAGGAUGCUAUUGAUACUGCAAUUGUAGGAAUGCUUGCAGAUCCGAAGGAGGCACGAGCUGGUAUCAGAGAGAUUCACUUCCUACCAUUCAACCCUGUAGACAAGAGAACUGCUCUGACCUACAUUGAUUCUGAUGGAAACUGGCAUCGUGCUAGCAAAGGUGCACCAGAGCAGAUCAUAACUCUUUGCAAUUGCAAAGAAGAUGUCAAGAAAAAGGUUCAUGCAGUUAUUGAUAAAUUUGCUGAACGUGGACUUCGAUCUUUAGGCGUUGCAAGACAGGAAGUACCUGAGAAAACAAAAGAGGCCCCUGGAGCACCGUGGCAGUUUAUUGGUUUGUUGCCACUGUUUGAUCCUCCAAGACACGAUAGUGCUGAAACCAUCAGGAGAGCUCUAAACCUUGGAGUGAAUGUUAAGAUGAUUACCGGGGAUCAGCUUGCUAUUGCCAAAGAAACUGGCAGGAGGCUUGGAAUGGGAACAAACAUGUACCCUUCUUCUUCCUUGCUGGGCCAAGACAAGGACGCUUCCAUUGCUGCCCUCCCUAUUGAUGAAUUGAUUGAGAAGGCCGAUGGAUUUGCAGGAGUAUUUCCAGAGCACAAAUAUGAAAUUGUUAAGAGGCUACAGGAGAGGAAACAUAUUUGUGGCAUGACAGGAGAUGGUGUCAACGAUGCCCCUGCUUUAAAGAAGGCAGACAUUGGAAUUGCUGUGGCUGAUGCUACAGAUGCCGCUCGAAGUGCCUCAGACAUUGUACUUACUGAACCUGGGCUAAGUGUCAUUAUAAGUGCAGUGCUGACCAGCAGGGCUAUUUUCCAAAGGAUGAAGAACUACACGAUCUAUGCAGUUUCGAUCACCAUUCGUAUUGUGUUUGGCUUCAUGUUUAUUGCCUUGAUAUGGAAGUUUGACUUCGCACCCUUCAUGGUUCUAAUUAUUGCCAUCCUCAAUGAUGGUACAAUCAUGACAAUUUCCAAGGACAGAGUAAAGCCAUCUCCCCAGCCAGACAGCUGGAAACUCAAGGAGAUUUUCUGUACUGGCAUUGUGCUUGGAGGUUACUUGGCACUAAUGACCGUGUUAUUCUUCUGGGCAAUGCAUGACACUGAUUUCUUCACAGACAAGUUUAGUGUUAGAUCACUGAGGGGUAAUGAUAAAGAGAUGAUGGCAGCUUUAUACCUUCAAGUUAGUAUUGUGAGCCAGGCCCUCAUUUUUGUCACACGGUCCCGCAGCUGGUCCUACGUUGAACGUCCCGGACUUCUACUAGUCAGUGCUUUUGUAAUUGCUCAGCUGGUGGCCACUUUGAUAGCUGUCUAUGCAAAUUGGGGUUUCGCAAGGAUUAAAGGUAUGGGAUGGGGAUGGGCUGGUGUAAUCUGGCUUUACAGUGUGGUGACUUUUGUCCCACUUGAUCUUAUCAAAUUUGCAACCCGAUACGUUCUUAGUGGAAAAGCUUGGGAUAACCUUUUGGAGAACAAGACUGCCUUCACCACAAAGAAAGAUUAUGGAAAAGAAGAAAGAGAAGCACAAUGGGCAGCUGCACAGAGAACUCUGCACGGUCUUCAACCACCUGAAACUUCAAACAUUUUCAGUGAAAGGAGCAGUUACAGGGAACUUUCAGAGAUUGCAGAGCAGGCCAAGCGCAGGGCUGAGGUUGCAAGGCUGAGGGAGCUGAAUACACUGAAGGGGCACGUGGAAUCAGUUGUUAAGCUGAAGGGACUUGAUAUCGAUACGAUUCAGCAGCAUUACACGGUUUAAAAGAGGGAUUUGGAACAAAAGAAGCAUAGAACCAGGAUGAUCUUUCCCUUCAGAAAAGCAAAAACAAAAAUAUUAUAAUGACGAACAAGGCCUAAAGUGAAGAAGAAACCUACGACGACCAAUGUUAAGGAGAUACUUACUAGUUAUAGAAAUAGGCGCAUUUUCCUUUUACUAAAUGUUGCGAUUUUAGUGUCAUUGUCACUCUUCUCUUUUUUUGAAUGAACAAGGUAAGGAACUGUUGUCCUUUUUUUAACAGCAAAAAAAAAAAAAAAAA